GGGAGGCGGACCCACUUGGUGGCAGGUGGGUGCGGCCGGCGGGUGCCUGGGCAGCGGCAGGGCAGCCGCGGCAGCAGUGGCGGCAGCAGCAAGUGGUUGGGCUGCGCAUUUCCUUCCCUCCCCCUUGGCCCGGCCCCGCGGUGCCCAGUGUGCGGCGCCCGCGGCUGCUGGGUCCUGCGCGCCUCCCCGCAGCCACGGGCCGCUCCCUUCCCCGCCCGCCCGCCCAUGUCCCUGCCCGUGGUGCUCCCGGGCUCCUGCUGCCCGGUGGCCGGGCUCUCAGGCGGGCCGCAGGCCGGGGGCCCGGGCGCCACGGCCACCGCUGCCCAGGAGCCACCGCUGCCUCCCUUGCGGCCACGCUGGCCCCGGGCCGCGCUGCAGCCCCCGGUGCGGUCUCGCUGCUCGGCCACCGCCGCCGGGGUGCUGGCCGUGCCGCCCGCGCUCUCCUCCCGCCGGGCCGCCGCCGUCACCCCGAGCUCCGCGCUGCUCCCCGGCCGUCCACUGCUGUCGCUCGGGCUGCUGCAGCUGAUCCUGGGGUGCUGCAUGGUGGCACUCAGCUUCGGGGCGCUGUCGCUGAGCAGCUCCCCGCAGGUGAAGAACUCGUGCCCGUUCUGGGCCGGCUCCUCGGUGAUACUCUCUGGAAUCAUAGGAUUAACAACUUGGAAACGGCCUAUGAUACUCCUGGUCAACCUCUUCGUGCUGCUCUCUGUGGUGUGUGUCCUCUUAAAUCUCGCCGGGUUUAUCCUGGGCUGCCAAGGGGCCCAGUUCGUGUCCAGCGUGCCCAGGUGUGAUUUGGUGGACUUAGGUGAAGGCAAGAUUUGCUUCUGUUGUGAAGAAUUUCAGCCAGCCAAAUGCACAGACAAAGAAAAUGUCUUGAAACUCUUCCCGGUUCAGCCUUGUAGCGCGGUUCACCUUCUACUUAAGAAAGUCCUUUUUGCCCUGUGUGCCUUGAACGCCCUGACCACCACCGUCUGCUUGGUGGCCGCCGCCCUGCGCUACGUCCAGAUCUUUGCCGCCAGGAGGUCCUGCAGCGAUGAAUCCCAGAUUUCUGCCGAGGAAGUGGAAGAACAGGGACGCAUCCCAGACCCCGACGACUUCGUGCCACCGGUGCCGCCCCCUUCCUAUUUCGCCACGUUCUACUCGUGCACACCCCGGAUGAACCGCAGGAUGGUUGGUCCCGACGUGAUCCCACUGUCGCAUAUCUAUGGAGCGAGAAUCAAAGGCGUGGAGGUGUUCUGUCCUCUGGACCCGCCGCCUCCGUACGAAGCUGUGGUGAACGAGACAGAACGGGAGCAGACGUCUUCAUUCCAAAUAUCAGAGGGGUCAGAAGCCGCCACCAGCCCGAUGGAACCGAUCGGCGUGCCGGUGACUCACGAUGGGAACAUUCCUAACACACCUGGGGAAGAAAGCGCAUCCACUUCAGUUGCCAACUCAGACCAGCCACAUCCCGGGAGCAGCCGGAGAGCCCUCCAGCCCACGAUGACAAGGUCGAAGAGUGACCCUGUGUUCCAUCCUUCCGCAGAGCGAGCCGCUCCCGUGCUCAGCUGCGAAGCUGCCACGCAGACGGAGGGGAGACCGGAUCUGGCGGCGGUGACGCUGAGGCGGGGCCUGCGACCCAGAGCUGCCAGGUGCAGGCCGCAGUCUCUGAUAGACUACAAGUCGUACAUCGACACCAAGCUGCUGGUGGCCAGGUUCCUGGAGCAGUCCUCCUGCGCCAUGACGCCCGACAUCCACGAACUGGUGGAAAACAUCAAGUCGGUUCUGAAGUCCGACGAGGAGCACAUGGAGGAGGCCAUCACUAGUGCCAGCUUCCUAGAACAGAUAAUGGCCCCCUUGCAGCCCAGCCCCCCCAGGGCCCACCUGCCGCCCUCGCGGAGACAGCCCGGCGUGCUGCACCUGUGGAGCUGCGGGGACCUGAGCACCUUCGUGGCGGCCGGGAGGCCGAGAGUGGAGAGGAGGCCCCGGCGGGCGGCUGAGCGGCCACACAGCCUCAUCGGUGUCAUUCGCGAGACUGUCCUGUGAACCUCAGGAGCAGGAAGGAAAGACCCCCUCCUCACCAUGCAGUGUCCAGGGUGGGGGUGGGGGUCCCCCUCUGGGAACUGCUCUAAAAGGGGGGCCCUUCAGAGGACCUCACUCUAUGGCUCACCUUUCUGCUGGCCUAGGGUUCUUCCGGGCUCCUUUGGGUUUGGAUGCAUCAGGUUGGAGGCUGUGAAGGCAGCGUCCCUCUCCCCCUCUGCUGGCCCCGCCCCGCAGUGGGUUAAUGAAUCUUGGCCCACACACCACCUUGUGGCUCUCUUCCUCGUCCAGCCCUGUCACUGGGGCAGGUCUGCUGGGCUGCUGUUGAUAGACGCUGCGGCCACGCGCUGCUCCGUGAGAGAGGAAUUGGCACGCCACCCAGUGGGAUCGGCCGCAACCCAGGCAUGUGCGCUGACUGGGAAUCGAACCGUGACCUCCUGGUUCGUAGGCCGACGCUCAACCACUGAGCCACGCCAGCCGGGCUGGUGUGAAGCACGAAUGAUCAACCCCAUGCUCUAAUCAUCAAGUCCCUGCAUAGAUUGCCCUGCAAUCACUCUCUUUAGGAAAAACAGGGAACUUUUUCACUGACAAAUCGUAAUGAGAGACAUUCAGGGGGAGUAUUCUUGUUGAUUCCAUUUACUCAUGCUUGCAAAACUAGAGAUGGCUAAGGCAGAACUGAGAAUAAAAUGUCUACUUUGGACCUCUGG